CCUUCGUCGAGACAGAACCAAAAUUUGUGGCACUCAAAAAUAAAACCUCAACAAAAUUUAAACAUUUUUCAUCUUUUUUGGAUAUUUUUUGUCUUUGCCCAAACAACAUGUCUCGAUCGUGUUGUCGAACCAAUCACCGACGCUCAGAUCCAAUGAGCUGCAUUCCCUGGUAUCCGCGAAUGGAGCCCGUUAGAAGCUGCUCCUGUCAAUCGCCCCAGGAGCAAUGGUGGAAACGGAACUGUGGCACCAUCCGGGUGCUGGCCAACGCGGUCGACCAGUCCGCGUCGAGUGUUUGUACUUUUCUCUAUCAACUCACACUGAACCUGUUCAGUCGGAUCCUAAACCCUUUGACCAUGGGCUGGAAUACGCGCAAAGUGCCCUUCGUCAUGUCCGAUACCUUUGAGCUAUACUACGGGAUUUUCGAUGAGAACGGCGACCUGCGGCGGCCCAUGCCGGCUAGGAUGUUCCUGCUGUUGCUCAUCAUUAUGCAGCGCUUCCUGUGCCUCCCAUGUCGAAUGAUAAGACCAAGGGCCAAGUGUGGACACAGUCCUAUCAUGCAUUGUACGAGCGGAAUGGGAGUGUUUGGCAAGCUGAAUCAUGGAAUUGCAUAUAACGCGCCCCACAAGGUUACGGCGUCUACAGAUAUUCGGGACGGACUUAGAAGAUUGGGAAUGAGAAGAUCUUCGUCGCAAGACUCACUCGAUUCGGAUGACAUGCCGUACGGAUAUGCACCUUCCAUUUGUUGUUGCAGGGGACCCGGCACUUCGGGUCCUCUGCCCAAAAGUCUAAGACCCACGCCGGGCUAUGGCAAAGAAUGCAAGAAAGCAUUCCAAUAUGCUAGGGAUCCCAAUGCUACAGUUUAUCCACAGCGAUCACUUAGUCUCAGGAAAAUCAAGAAUCUAGAAAUGAAAAGCCUUUCCGACUUCUACGGAGCCGUUUGCCAGGGCAACUACAACAUUCGGCUUUUGGACUAUCUUCGUCAAAAGAGUCCGAGGAUAACUCCAUGCGAGAAGCGCAUCCAACGACGAGUUGAAGGUGGACACAUACCUAUGCUGUUGCAGAAACCCUUGCAGAAUACAGCAUUACCCUGGAGAUGUCCGUCUCCAUACAGCAUACACCAACAGGUGAGCCGAGGUGUCGGUGGCCAGACUAGGGAUGAGAACUAUCUAAAAUACAAUAAUGGAAAUGCCAAGGUCGGGUUCCAUCGUAAUCGAAUGCAGGCUAUUGAGUAUAGAAAGGAAACAUCCGAGAGGAUAAACCCAUACAUAGAGGGUUCCUCUAGCGACGACAAGUUUGAUUCGCCAAUUAGAAAAGCGAUUGAUGCCGAACAGUUCCAUAAGCUUAAAUCAAUUCUUGUGAGAAUUGCAAUGAGUAAAAAAAAGUGCAUCGAAAACGGUUCGAUGCAGAUACAAAAAAAUCGAGUGGAUGGAAUUGAACAGUCGAAUGAAAUGGUCAAGCGAGGACACUCAUGCCCGGAGAAACGACUGAGCCAACACUCUACCAAGUCAUCUAUACUUAGAUCCGAAGCCUUGCAGAAAGGUGAACGAAAGAAGUGCGUCAGGUUCACAGAUUCUAUCAAAGAAGGGAUCAUAAAAGAACAGUCCUUGGUGGGCAACUCAAAGCGUCGACAAAGAAAUUGUAACGCAAAGGACCAAACGAAGGAGAAAGGUGGCAGAAGAAAGCAAGUCGAAAAGGCGCAGUCGCAUACGAUACUCAAGCGAGGACACCGUUCCCUGGAGAAGGACUACGAACAAAAGAGGGUCAAGCCCGUGGAAAGUAGAAAGCAAAGGGCUGAAAGAAACCAAACCCCGGAGAGAGCUGAAAGACAACAGGCCGGUUCAAGCCAUACAAUGUCUCAAAAAGAGAGAUCUGAUCGGACCUGGACAGUUGAGGAUGAGAUCCGAGUACGAAAGAAGUUCGCAAAUGGCUUGUUCAAGUUACAAUUUUAACCAUCAACGGCAAACACGAAAGAACUAUCCAAGCAAACCAAAUUUCGAUCUAGAAGCAAAUAGUAAAACAAGACCUUUAGAGCACAAAUUAUAAUUUUGGAAUUCUAUUUAGUGGUUUAUCGUUUUUGAAAGGCCAAAAUAAAGUGUCUAUAAAUCA